CGACUUUACGAUCUGCGACGAUAUGGCUGGCCGCCGCCUCAAAGAGAACCUCUACCAGGGCCUCCCUGACGUGCACAUGAACACCGUCAAGAGCACCAUCAACAGCCCCGACAUCCGCAUGUCCACCGCUAAGAGCACUCUGCACGACGUGCACAUGAAUACCGCCCGUGCAGAUACCCUCCGUAACGACAACUUCACGCCCCGCCAGCGCAAGCUGCUGUCGAGCCCCGAAGUGCAACGCAAGGCCACUGUCGCACAGCUCUACUUCCUCGACUACUACUUCCAGCAUCUUGGUUACCUCGACGCGCGCAGGGAUCGUCGUGCCAAGUUCGACGAGGACACGGCCCAGCGGGGGCUCACACACUCUGAACACCAAAAGGAGUGGAAGUCGUACUGCGGCAGGGAACGCGUUGUUCUGCGCAGGCGUAGGGCAAAGCUUCGCGUGGAGCAGUUCCACAUCAUCACCCAAGUUGGCCAGGGAGGCUAUGGAGAAGUGUACCUCGCGCGCAAGCAGGAGACCGGUGAGGUGUGCGCCUUGAAACGUAUGAAGAAGAAGACGCUCCAGAAGAUGGACGAGAUUCGACACGUUCUUGUCGAACGCGAUAUCCUCACUGCCACCAGGACGCCAUGGCUUGUACGUUUGCUGUACGCCUUCCAAGACCCUCAAUAUGUCUAUCUAGCCAUGGAGUAUGUCCCUGGAGGCGACUUCCGCACCUUCCUGAACAGUGCAGGCGUGAUCGCGGAAGAGUAUUCGCGCUUCUACGCUUGUGAGAUGUUUAUGGCAGUCAGCGAACUGCACAGGCUUGGUUAUAUUCAUCGUGAUUUGAAACCAGAGAACUUCCUCAUCGAUGCUACAGGUCAUGUCAAGCUGACAGACUUCGGUCUCGCUACUGGUGCACUGAAUCCACAGCGAAUAGAAUCGUUGAAGAUAAAGCUCGACAAAGUGAAGGAUAACAAGGUAGUGCAACGCUCGACCAUGGAGCGGCGAUCAAUUUUCAAGUCUGUCCAACGCCAGAACCCUCAGUGGGCUGACUCAAUUGUGGGCUCGCCGGAUUACAUGGCGCCGGAAGUUUUACGAGGAAAGCCCUACACUUAUGCCGUCGACUUCUGGUCCCUUGGCUGCAUCUUAUUUGAGCUCCUUGCUGGGUUCCCUCCAUUUACCGGUCAAACCCCAGAAGAGACCUGGACGAACCUGCAGAAAUGGACUGAGGUGCUGCAGCGGCCACAGUAUGACGACGAGGAUGUGGAAUAUAACCUUUCGGAUGAGUCGUGGAACCUAAUCAAGAAGCUGAUCACUUAUGCCGACCUGCGGUACAAGACGAUUGAAGAUGUGCAAGGACACGCAUGGUUUGCCGGUAUUGAGUGGGAGCACCUCCGCGAUGUCGAGCCUCCGUACAUCCCGGAACUGUACACCGAGACCGAUACUCGCUAUUUCGACGAUUUCGGCAACGAGGAGGAUAUGGCCAAGUACAACGAGGUACGAGAGAAGCAGCGCCAUGUCGACGAGGUCGAGGAGCGCGAAGAGAUGAUGUCGCGGGGGAUCUGGGUUGGCUUUACCUUCGGCAAGAAUGGGCCGAACUCGCGGGCUCUUGGCGCGAUGAGUGUGCCGGACGAACAUGGGCAGAUGACGACCAUUUUCUGAUGUAAAUUCCAUGAUACCCCGCGAGAUGUUACUUGGGAAAAGUGAAGCUGGCCCCUGCCUCUGCUGUACGAUCUAGAGCCCCAUGUCUUUGUCUCACUGUCAACGGCUGUCUCUCAUGUUUCU